AUGCAGGAUGUUCCACUUUCCGACUGCACAGCCGGUGUCAUACAGGAGGCCAACAAGGCCAAUAACGCGGCCUGUGGUGAAGUGAAGAAGGUGGUCCGGCGGAGGCAGUCGCAUAACCCGUACUAUCCAGUCACUCUCACCCCGGUGUUGACAUGCGACACACCCUUUGAGAGCAAGCGGCAAGAACCGAACCCCGACGCGCCCGCGUUUAUUCCUGCCGAGACUCCGCGGAACGCGCACAUGCCGAGCUCCUACAGCAACAACUUCUGCAUGAAUGAAACCGCCUAUGACUGCAGUGUGUAUGGGUCUCCUUAUUACUGCGCCCAAUGCAUGCUUUUGUCGCUUGCAAAUCCGACGAGACCCUCGUAUCAACUUCCCGCAGAGCCCGUGGAAAGUGGGAGUACCAGCAUGGUUACAGACAACUCCAUAAGCCUAAGCAGUAACAGUGGCUCAUGCGGAAACCUUGGGAGCCCGGUGGCUUCCACGCCAAUCCAGCGCGGCAACAAUCUUUGCAAGGUGUACGUUGAUGGCCGUCCCAUGGUUUUUCGUGGUGUCAUGUACGCGGAAGUAAAGGUGGAGCUUCGCUUGGAAAGUGAGUUGUUUAUUGUGAGCGAUGUGCCGCAGAUCUUUGGCUUCAUUGUGCAGCCCGAGGAGCUGGUGGGCCGCCACGUUAUUGUAGAGGGGGAUCGUGGGGUGGACUUGGGCGUCGUCGUCUCCGUUGAAAGGUCGGAGCAGGAGCCCGUGAAGAGGGCGGAGCCGACGGAGGAGGGCGAGACCAGUCACCUCUGCGUGCUCCGCGCGGCCUCCCCGGAGGAGAUUGAGGCGUUUCACGGCCUCGACCAGCUGGAGGAGGAAGCGCUGCGCUUCUGCAAGGCCGCAAUUGACUCGCUCAACAUGCGCACCCCGCUGCAGGUGCAGCGCGCGGUCUUCCAGUUCGACCGGAAGAAGCUGACCUUUACGUACCGCAGCGACGGCUACGUGGAGUUCAAGGCCCUCCUCCGUGCCCUCAACCGGCAGUACCAGUGCCGCAUCUGGAUGCACCAGCUCAACUGGGAGCUGAACUGCAGGCAGCGGCGACAACCGGCCGACGCGGAAGGCCACCGCAAGAGGCGGCGGGAGGCCCGCAAGGGUGGGGCUGCCAAGAAGGACGGCAAGCCGACCCACGAAGCCGCGGAAUGA